CUCUUACCAGCAUGGCACACCACUUCCUUGUCAACCCCGAAUUAAGCAAAAGGAAACAGAACAGCCCAAACAAAAACUCAGAGAGCCACACGAUCUCUCCGAGCAGCGGCUCGUUUCUAUCCGGAGCUUUACCAUUUCCGGUCAGUAAUGGCUGCUGUUCGCUUCCUCCCUUUCAUAUCCAUUCUCAUCUUCCUUACUCUUCCCACCCUUUGUUUCUCUCUAUCAGAUGAAGAUAUUCUCAUUACGCUCAAGAAAUCUUUUACGCAAGGUGAUUUGAAUAGUUGGAUUCCAGGGUCCUCACCUUGCCUCAAAAAGUGGGUUGGUGUCAUGUGUUCUGGUGAAACCAUUAUUGGCCUCCAUUUGACAGGCCUACGUCUUUCAGGCUCAGUCGACGUUCAAGCUUUGCUUCAACUUCGUGGCUUGAGAACCAUCAGCUUAGUAAGGAACUCUUUCACAGGUCCAAUCCCCGAAUUCAAUAAACUUGGCACUUUAAGGGCUGUAUACUUAUCCAACAAUCAGUUUAGCGGUGAAAUACCAAAUAAUUAUUUUACAUCGAUGGGAUCUCUGAAGAAAGUUUGGCUAAAUGAAAACAAAUUCACAGGAAACAUUCCUGACUCCUUAAUGCAACUACCCCAUCUUGUAGAAAUCCAUCUAGAGGGCAAUCAAUUUUCAGGAACAAUCCCAUCAUUGAAAUAUCCAAAUGUAGUUACAUCCCUUAAUCUAACGCAUAACAAUCUGAAAGGAGAAAUCCCAGAAAGUUUCUCCAAGUUCAAAGCCUCUAUAUUCGAAGGAAACGUAGGACUUUGUGGGAAACCACUGGAGAUAGAUUGCGAUAAAGUUAACCAAUCAGAAGCUUCAAAUCCGUCAGGCGAAAACCAAGGAUCCGAUUCCAAUGCCAAGGUAGCCAUUGCCAUCACAACCCUAGUUGUUUUACUGUUUUUCGUGAUAGCCUCCAUUAUUUCCGCAAGGCGGAGGAGGGACGAUGAUUUCAGCAUUCUAAGUAGGGAACCUCUAAGAGAGGAGGUGCUACAAGUCCAGGUACCUGAGUCGACACGCCGAAAGCCUGCAGAGUCGAGCCGCAGGAGUAGUUCUGACUCGAAGAGAGGGUCAUCGCAACAGGCCAACAAGAAUGGGAUGCUUGAAUUGGUCAUGGUGAAUGAUGACAAAGGCGCCUUCGGGUUGCAAGAUUUAAUGAAGGCAGCCGCGGAGGUGCUUGGAAAUGGCGGGUUGGGCUCUGCAUACAAGGCUGUGAUGGCAAAUGGAUUAGCCGUGGUGGUAAAGAGAAUGAGGGAGUUGAAUAAAUUGGGAAAAGAUGGGUUUGACGUUGAAAUGAGGCGGUUUGGGAAACUAAGGCACCCCAAUAUUUUGACGCCAUUGGCCUACCAUUUUAGGAGAGAGGAGAAGCUUAUUGUUUCUGAAUACAUGCCUAAGGGCAGCUUGUUAUACGUCUUGCAUGGUGAUCGAGGAAUCAUUCAUGCUGAUCUGAAUUGGCCGACCCGUUUGAAGAUCAUCCAGGGAAUUGCUCAUGGACUCAGUUUCAUUCAUACAGAGUUUGCAACAUACGAGGUCCCCCAUGGAAAUCUCAAAUCCAGCAAUGUUCUUUUAACUGAAAAUUAUGAUCCAUUACUAAGUGACUAUGCCUUCCAACCACUGAUAAACGCCAGCAAUGCUGCCCAAGGAUUGUUUGCUUAUAAAUCUCCAGAAUAUCUUCAGCACCAACAAGUCUCUCCCAAAUCAGACGUUUAUUGUCUCGGACUUGUCAUUCUGGAAAUCAUGACAGGGAAAUUUCCUUCUCAAUAUCUAAGCAAUGGCAAGGGUGGGAUUGAUAUCGUGCAAUGGGUACAAACAUCAAUAUCCGAGAAUCAAGUGGAAGAAUUGAUUGAUCCUGAGAUAGCAAACGAUACAGGUUCAGUCAAUCAGAUGCGGCAACUCCUCCAAAUUGGAGCUGCUUGCACUGAAAGUAAUCCUGAUCAACGAUUAGACAUGAAAGAAGCCAUUAAUAGGAUACAAGAGGUAAAUUAAAUCUUUAGGCAGGCCCUGUUUGUUGUCACUGAGUCGAGACAUGAAAAGAUAGUAGAGGUUGCCAGCAAAGAUCAAGAUCCACCCUUCGACGUUCACGAUCAAAGACCACAGAGUGGAAAUCGAAGAUCAAUCAGAGGAAUAGAAAGAAUAAUAUUUGUCCUUGGCAUCUUCAUACUACCAAAAAAUGAACGCUUGUGCAUAGCAAUUUUUCUUUUUCUUUUAUUGUUUUGUUUUUCCUGAAAGCAAA